AUGGAUAAUAAACAUGAAGCAAAGUCAGCUAUGGAAAUCGUCAAUAUUCCACCAAUCAUCACAACUUACCGGCACGCUUUGCGCACUUUCGACGACAACUUCAAAAACGAUUUCACGACCAACUUAAACAAAUUAAAAUCUAUGAUGGAUAAAUUAAAAGCCGACCAUCUAGGAUUCGACCAGAGCUUCAACGACCCGGGAACUUGGAAUCGACCAAACAAAGCGCCGUGUACUUACAUAGAAGUGUUUCAAAACAGUGUGGUAAACAUGAGUAUAUUUGUUUUAAAACCCGGCUUUAAAAUGCCGCUACAUGAUCACCCUUAUAUGCAUGGUCUGCUGAAAGUGAUAUCCGGUGCAGUACGAAUUAGAAGUUUCUCAGAGUAUCCACUUAAAGAAGUAGUAAGUAAAGUAGAUUUUAAGGUCCGGGCAAAACACGAGGCUGCCCGUCUUGCUCAAGGCUUACACAAGCGAAGAAGACUGUUCGCGCAAAUAUCCCAAAAUCAUAUUUGUAGAGAAGACACAGAUACCUGUAUUUUAACACCCACAGUAUCCAAUUAUCACGAGAUAGAAGCUUUAAGUGCGCCAGCAGCGUUCUUUGAUAUAUUAGCACCACCUUAUGAUACAUUUGUAGAAGGAAUAGGCCCCAGACGGUGUAGAUAUUAUUAUGUAGUUAAUGAGAUAAGUACAAAUGUAGUUGAAUUACAAGAAACCACUGUUCCAGAGUGCUUUUACUGUGACCAGGCACCAUAUUUAGGACCAACUCUUGCGUAA